CAAACUUCCGCUUCCGCUGCUUAGCCGUGAUUCCAUGCUAACCGGCUAACCGCUUCGGUCUUUCCACAAUGGCGGAGUAUUCCAGCGUUAAAUCGACCAAGCUGGUUCUGAAGGGGCAAAAUAAAGGGAAAAAGAAGAAGGACAAAAAUAAGAAGAGAAAGGCAGCAGACGAUGAAUCCAAACAAGAUGUUGUCGGCGGCUGGUGGGCCAUCCGCCAUUUUGGCGACAUCAUGGGCAUGGUCGCCAUCGAGAUGCACAACAACUCAUACAUCCACGCCUUGGACACGGGACUUUUCACGGUUGGCGCGCCGCACCCAGAGGACGAAGGACCAGAUCCCCCUGAACAGUUUACUGCGGUCAAGCUCUCCGACAGCAGGAUAGCCUUGAAGUCAGGCUAUGGUAAGUACGUGGGCCUCAACGCAGACAACCUGGUGGUGGGCCGCUCUGACGCCAUUGGCUCUAGAGAACAGUGGGAGCCCAUUUUUCAAGAGGGAAAGAUGGCGCUGAUGGCCGCCAACAGCUGCUUCAUCUCGUACAGCGAGAGCGGCGACAUCGAGGCCAAGAGCAAGACGGCAGGCGAGGGCGAGAUGGUGAAGAUCCGCUCGUGUGCGGAGCGAGAUGUGAAGCCUAAAGACGACAUUGCGGAUGAGGACCGAGGCAACGUCAAGUCCUGCGAGCUCAGUUACGUGAAGAAGUUUCAGAGUUUCCAGGACCGUCGCCUGCGGGUGAACGAGGAGGGGCCGUCCUUGCUGAAGAAAGCCAGACUGGAUGGAAAGUUUCACGAGACUUUGCUCGACAGGAGGAGCAAAAUGAAAGCGGAUCGAUAUUGCAAGUGAAGUGUUUCAUUUUUAUUAUUAUUAUUUUUAUUUUCUUAAAUAAACAUGUUCUGUCCA